CUCCAUUGCUAUAACAUCGAGCAUUCUUCGGAUCACCUCCAAAUUUUCGUCUUCCCAUAACAGAAUGGAUUGCUUUUCAAUUUCUUUUCUUUCUCAACAAGAAUUAUAAGGUUUUGAUCUUGUAACAAAGAUGAGUUCGGGAGAAAUUCUGAAUGUCGAGCCCCGGGAAAUGACAUUCCCAUUUGAGUUGAAGAAACAGAUAUCUUGUUCAGUGCUGGCAUCAAACAAAACUGAUAAUCAUGUCGCUUUCAAGAUCAAGACAACGAAUCCAAAGAAGUACUGCGUUCGGCCAAACACCGGAGUCGUUUCGCCCCAUUCAACAUGCGACAUUGUUGUGACUAUGCAAGCACAGAAGGAGGCUCCUCCAGAUAUGCAAUGUAAGGACAAGUUUUUGGUUCAGAGUGUCGUCGCAACCCCUGGUUUAACUUCCAGAGACAUUACUCCAGAAAUGUUCAAUAAGCAGCUCGCCAAGGUCGAAGAGUGCAAGCUGAAAGUGGUCUAUGUUACUCCACGCCGACCACCAUCUCCGGUAGCCGAGGGGACAGAAGAAGGAUUUUCUCCAAAGACCAUUACAGUGGAAAAUAGAAAACAGGAAGUGAUGAAGCAGAAGAGCAGCAAAAGUGGAGGAGUGACAAUAUCUGUUGUGCUGGUAAUUGGCCUAAUAGGUGCAGUCUUGGGGUACCUUGUGAGAAGGCCAUAAUUGUUUGUUUCUUGAAGGCAUCCUCAUGUCUUGGCUAGAAUUUUUUGGAGCUUUGGAGGUAGAUAGAUCUAAUCUACACACAUUGUAUUUAGCAUGAGCUAACAGUUGAAGGUGAAAGUGAAGACAAUGGGGCAAUCUUUUUCCAAUUAUUCAAUUCAUAGAGUCAAUUUGAUGGAUUUGUUUAGAACUUCAUUCAACUGGGUAUUUUUAAAUCUACUUGACCAUUUCUUCCAUUCUCCAUU